AAAACUAAGAGAGAGAAAGCAGAUCAAAAACAGAGUAGCUAUCGGCCGCCAUGGAUGUAAAUGUCGAGCUCCAGAAUUUCAUCCGAGUAUGGUUUGCUGCUAUUGGAGCUUUAUGCUAUUGCUAUUACUGCGUAACCCGCAUUCCUAGCGGCGUCCUAAGGCUUCUCUUUGUCCUUCCUAUUGUCUAUUUCUUUCUUAUUCUCCCUCUCGAUCUCUCUUCCUUCCAUCUUGGUGCCCCCACAAUUUUCUACCUCGUUUGGCUCGCUAAUUUCAAGAUCCUCCUCUUUUGUUUCGAUCGAGGGCCUUUAUCCUCUUACUCUUCUUUACCUCUUCUUCAUUUCCUCUCCAUCGCCCUUCUCCCGGUUAAACCCAAAUACGUUAUCAGAGACGGAUUCAAAAUUUCAACUCAGUCGGUGCAGAGUACCGAAAGAGUACCCGGUUUGUUUUGGGGGAAAAUAAUUUUUUUGGCAGCUAUUAUUAGGGUAUACAAUUACAGAGAACUUUUACAUUCAAAUGUAAUUUUGGUUCUCUAUUGCUUACACAUUUAUUUAGCAGUGGAGUUUAUCCUUGCAAUCACAGUUGUCCCAGUACGAGCUCUUCUAGGGCUAGAAAUUGAGCCCCAAUUCAACGAACCAUACCUCGCCACCUCACUUCAAGACUUUUGGGGCCGUAGAUGGAACUUAAUGGUGCCGGGGAUUUUACGCCCGGCGGUGUAUUUCCCUGUCAGGGCUAUUUUAACUAGUUCUUUAGGGAAGGAAUUAGCCAGUUUACCAGCAAUUUUCACUACAUUUUUAGUUUCUGGGCUAAUGCAUGAAUUGAUCUAUUAUUACCUCUCCCGCGUGAGACCCACAUGGGAAGUGACUUGGUUCUUCGUCUUACAUGGGAUUUGUGUAUGCAUUGAGGUUACUGUGAAGAAAUUUUUUCAUGGCGGCUGGCAGAUGAAUAGAGUGGUUUCCGGUGUCCUCACAGUGGCGUUUGUGGCUUGGACUGGUGAUUGGCUAUUUUUCCCACAGAUUAUUAGGAAUGGGUUAGACCAGAAAGCCAUUAACGAGUACUACGUUAUGGUAGAUUUGGUCAAAGAUAGGUUGCUGCCAGUUUUGGGAAUUUAGAUUUUGUUGU